GGGCCCCCGCUGCGCCCCGCGGCGGCGCCAUGGACGAGGCCGUGGGCGACCUGAAGCAGGCGCUGCCCUGCGUGGCCGAGGCGCCGACGGUCCACGUGGAGGUGCAUCAGCGGAGCAGCAGCACUGCAAAAAAGGAAGACAUAAAGCUGAGUGUUAAGAAGCUACUAAACAGACAUAACAUUGUAUUUGGUGAUUAUAUGUGGACUGAAUUUGAUGACCAUUUUCUGGCCAGAAAUGUGCAAUCUGUGGCUGUUGUUGACACAGAGUUAAAAGUUAAAGACCCACAGCCCAUUGAUUUGAGCACAUGCACCAUUGCGUUUCACAUCUUCCAGCUGAACGAAGACGGCCCCAGCAGUGAAAACCUGGAGGAGGAGGCAGAAAACAUAAUUGCAGCAAACCACUGGGUUCUGCCUACAGCUGAAUUCCAUGGUCUGUGGGACAGCCUGGUGUAUGAUGUAGAAGUUAAAUCACACCUCCUUGAUUAUGUGAUGACGACCUCACUGUUUUCAGACAGAAAUGUCAACAGCAACUUGAUAACCUGGAACCGAGUUGUGCUGUUGCACGGCCCUCCAGGAACUGGGAAGACAUCCCUGUGUAAAGCUCUAGCCCAGAAAUUGACCAUUCGGCUCUCCAGCAGGUACCGCUAUGGCCAAUUAAUUGAAAUCAACAGCCACAGCCUCUUUUCUAAGUGGUUUUCAGAGAGCGGCAAGCUGGUAACCAAGAUGUUCCAGAAGAUCCAGGAUUUGAUUGACGACAAAGAUGCCCUGGUGUUUGUGCUGAUAGAUGAGGUGGAGAGCCUCACAGCAGCCCGCAAUGCCUGCAGGGCAGGCACAGAGCCCUCAGACGCCAUCCGCGUGGUCAACGCCGUCCUGACCCAGAUCGACCAGAUUAAAAGACAUUCCAACGUGGUGAUUCUCACCACUUCCAACAUCACCGAGCAGAUCGACGUGGCCUUCGUGGACAGAGCCGACAUCAAGCAGUACAUAGGACCUCCCUCAGCAGCAGCUAUCUUCAAAAUAUAUCUCUCUUGUCUGGAAGAGUUAAUGAAGUGUCAGAUCAUAUACCCUCGGCACCAGCUGCUGACCCUCCGGGAGCUGGAGAUGAUCGGCUUCCUCGAAAACAACGUGACCAAGUUGAGUCUCCUCUUAAGUGAAAUUUCAAGGAAGAGCGAGGGCCUCAGCGGCCGGGUCCUGCGGAAGCUGCCCUUCCUGGCGCACGCGCUGUACGUGCAGGCUCCCACUGUCACCAUCGAGGGCUUCCUCCGGGCCCUGUCCCUGGCCGUGGACAAGCAGUUUGAAGAGAAGGGGAAACUGUCCCCCUGCAUUUGACCCAGGGCCCCCCUGGCAGGUCCUGGCGGCAAGGGGCCAGGGAGGGCCUGGCUCUCCUCUGCAGCCUCUCCAGGACGCCGCUUGGGGUGAUGCCAGCUCUGCCGUGAGACGGGUGCUGGAGGGACGGGGCUUUGAAGCACAGUCAGGGAUGACAGGCCUGUGUUCUUGCUGCUCCUGAGAAAGUGGGUGACGGUCGUCGGGUUUUGUUUGCCUCUUUCAAGAGAACUGCCCUGGUGUUUUUUCCCACCUCACUUCUGGUUGACCUGGCAGAGAUGCUAACACGUUUUGUUAAAAACAAAAAAAAGAAGAAUGUAGAUCUUACAGACACAAAAGAGAAACUACAUAACCGUAAGAAAGAAACAAUCAUAGCAUUUAAAGAUGUGCACGUCAUGUAGGAGAGAUUUUCUCACGAGCUUAUUUUAUUUAGCACAAGUAUGGUUUGGAGACUCAUGGAGAAGAAAAACUUAUUCCUAUAUUAAAGAAAUUGAGAAAAAAAGUUGUGGGGGAGUGUUCUUCCCAGCAGUGAGCCACGGCCCGUGGGAAAGAAGCAGACAAGUCAGGGGCCCUGGAGCCCGUUUGCCACUCGCUGCCUCAGGCGUUUCUCUGCCAGCUGUUUUAUUUGUUCAGUGAUGUUUCUCACGUCUCAAAUGAAGAUUUGCAUCAACAGAAUGUAAAAUAAAUUGGUCACUAACUGAUGUAUUUCAAAGAAUAUUAUGUUUUACUUUUAUC